UAUGAUCUUUCUUCUUCUACGAUUCUUGUUGAUGAUUUCUUGAUAUAUGCAGAAUAUUUAACUGCUCCCUUCUGAUCUAUUUUUCUUUUAGACACUCUUAUAGAUUAAAUAUGUGGACAUAUAGCAUUAGCAUACUGACAAAUUAAUUGCAGAGGGAAUCAUAUAAUCAAUUAUGCCCACACAAUAGUAUUUUAACAAAUAUUAAAUUAGGACAUAAACAAAAUCAUAUUAAUAAAAUACUGAGUUUAAGAAAGAAUUGAAGGACCUAAUAUACUAAGAUGAAAUUGAAUUAAAGUAUGAACAAGUAAUGCUUUUACAUGGACCGUCCGAUUUCGUAACGCAUCGUCGAUCAAUGUGAAUUCGUGUUUCAACGGCCAAGAUCAGCACUGCAGAGCAACUGGUGGAAGCUGUUCUCUCCAUUCUCGCGUGCUCGGUUUUGGAUCCAUUUUCGCCGUGAAAGAAUUCGGAAACGGUGUGGGAGAGAAAAAAUCAGCCAUUUAAUAGAGUUUAACUAUGGCUGCAGCCACAUCCACCANCUUCUGCAUAAUGUCAUUUCUAUCACUUAAGGGUGCCUGAGAUGAGCCAGAAAAUUUCUUGUCGCAGGCAUUUACUUCCUUCUGAGCAUCAACUAUGCAGUAACUGGCAAACCCAAAUCGACCUUGGCUUAUGGCAUCAGCUGCUUGUGGGAGAAUGUACUUCACAACUGGAAUGUAUGACUCUGCGCAGAUGAAAUCAUCAACAAGAAUCGUAGAAGAAAAAAGAUCUUCAACAAUUGUUGAAGAUGAUCUUGCAAGAGUUGGCCUAAACAGAUGAUCUUGGGGGGCCCUUUCUGCAGAGCUGCAACUGCUUGUACCACAUCAGCUUCAACAAUUGCUUUGUAUCUAUUAGCACACCAACACUCAAUGCAUCCUUUUGACCGGGUUCAAGGACUUAGGAAGCAGUUGAUAGGUUUUAUCUUAGGGAUUCAGUCUUUUCUUUGGUUUUGAUUACGUUGGUACACUACUGACUCGACUAACUACUUAUGCUUGACUUUGUCUUUAACAACUCCCCGUUAACAGCUUCCAUUAAACUUUCACACAACAUUCUGCUAGUAAGUUCCUAUAUAUAGAAGAGCAGAGGUAGGCAUUUAUAUUCAAUAACUUCCUUACUAUUCAGCAUAUAAUAACGUUUAGAAUAAUUACCAUCCCUAAAAUAUAGCCAUGCAAUUAGUACUAUUGUGUCUAGUGAUGCUUAAGCUCACUCCAGCCUUUGCAACCACCCUGAAUGAUGCCUAUGGUGGUGAUCCUGGUUGUCCAUUAGGGAAUGGCAUAUACCGCCACACUUGCCCAGAGGCUGAGGCCAUUAUCUUCUAUUGGGUGGAGCGGGCAGUGUCUGAAGACUCGAGAAUGGCAGCCUCACUGCUUAGGCUACAUUUCCAUGAUUGCUUUGUCAAUGGUUGUGAUGCUUCAGUCUUGCUGGAUGACACACAGGACUUUGUUGGUGAGAAAACUGCCGGGCCAAAUUUGAAUUCUCUUAGAGGAUUUGAAGUGAUCGACAAAAUCAAAUCUGAGCUGGAACUACUCUGUCCACAGACUGUCUCUUGUGCUGACAUACUGGCAACUGCUGCAAGAGAUUCAGUUCUUCUGUCAGGAGGUCCAAUUUGGGAGGUGCAAAUGGGAAGGAAAGAUAGCAUUACUGCUAGUAAGGAUGCAGCAAAUAAUAACAUCCCAGGUCCAAACUCCACUGUUGAUGUGCUGGUAGCCAAGUUCGAGAAUUUAGGCCUUACACUUAAAGACAUGGUUGCUCUUUCAGGUGCACACACAAUAGGGAAAGCACGCUGCACAACAUUCAGCUCUCGAUUACAGAGUAGUAGCGACUCAGAAAACAUUGAUUUCAUCGCAUCAUUGCAACAGUUGUGCUCAGGGUCAGAUAAUGGUAACGUAGUUGCACAUCUUGACUUGGCUACACCUGCUACCUUUGAUAACCAAUACUUCGUUAAUCUUCUCUCUGGGGAGGGAUUGCUCCCAUCAGACCAGACUCUUGUGAAUGGAAAUGAUCAGACACGACAGAUUGUGGAAAACUAUGUGGAGAACCCAUUAGCUUUCUUUGAAGACUUCAAGCAUUCAAUGUUGAAAAUGGGAAACUUGGGAUCACCAAGUAAUGGCCAGAUUCGUAGGGACUGCCGAACUGUUAACUAGUCUUAGCCUUUCCUUUAUAACCAAAAAUAAUAAUUCUAGUUCUAAAACUGAUAUUGUCCUAUGUAAAAGCAAUAUAGUUGUUGCAUACUAAUUGAUCAUUAGAAGGAGCGAACUAUGUUAAUGCUAUGGAAGUAAAUAUUAAUGAAUAUCGGCUUUUAGUAAAAGUUUUCCUAGCACAGGUUAAAGCCAUUAAUUGCUUCAGCUUCACAUUGCGUCAGUUUGUCACAAAUAUUAGCAUGUAGCAGAAAAUAUUUCAAAUUAAAACAAAAGUAACAA